AUUUGAUUAAACGGUAAAACGGACUUUAGCCUAGUACUUUUUUAACCAAUCAUAAUGUAAACAAAUUCCUUGUCCGUUCCUGCGUUUCCGGUUAGUAUCGCGGUUUCGAAGAUCAACAAAAACAGUGAAAUAUGGCUGCAAAUUACAAAAAGACAACAUUGGCUGGUGGUGGGCGUAAAAAGACAGGACCUAAACCAGAGUUGACAGAAGAACAGAAACAAGAAAUCAGAGAAGCAUUUGACCUUUUUGAUGCUGAUGGAUCAGGAACUAUUGAUGCCAAAGAACUCAAAGUUGCCAUGAGAGCCCUGGGCUUUGAACCAAAGAGAGAAGAGAUAAAGAAAAUGAUUGCAGAGAUUGACAAAGAAGGAACAGGCACAAUAGAUUUUAAUGACUUUUUGUCAAUAAUGACAACCAAGAUGAGUGAGAAGGAUGCAAGAGAAGAAAUAUUGAAGGCAUUUAGACUGUUUGAUGAUGAUGAAACUGGAAAAAUCUCAGCCAAAAAUCUUAGAAGAGUAGCUAAAGAAUUAGGCGAAAAUCUCACUGAUGAAGAGUUACAGGAAAUGAUUGACGAGGCAGACCGAGAUGGUGAUGGUGAAAUUAAUCAGGAAGAAUUUUUACGCAUCAUGAAGAAGACAAGUUUAUACUGAACAAUACUUUAAUAUUGUGAUAGAACUGUUCAUUCAUUUUACACCCAUUAUAUCCGCUGUUCAUUUCCUAGAAAUUAGAAUUUAAAAAAAAAAAUUACGAGAAGUCCCUUUCACAUUUUGAUCUCUUCCAGCGAUAAAAAAAACAACCCCAGACCUAUUGAACUGAUAGGGUCGGUCAAGCAUGCACAUCACUGCAAGGUAAUAUUACAUUUUUAGUGGUGUAUUGAGGAAGAUAAUGUACUCAGAAAUAUGUUGUUAAUGUGGCCAACUCAUCUCAAACUUAACAAAUUACAUCCAUUUCUUCAUCUAGGAUAUUACGUUUGAGUGAUGUGUGACAUAAACAUAAUUUUGUAAGAAAUUAUAUUUACUCCAUUUUUCACUACUUAAAUAUUUGUUGAUAUUGAUGUAAAAAUUCUAAGGGUUGUCUACCUAUUGUGUUAAAUAAGAACUGCCAUUUCAUCAUCUUAGUGGAAGACUGUUGUAAAUGAUUUGAAUAAUUAACCCUGUAACUGCUAUCAGUUGAUGAUAAUAAACUUAGCCACCAGUAAACAACCUAGGAUAAACUGCAUCAGACCCAAAUCUACUCUGUUCAAUGCUCAAUUUUAGCCUUUCACAUCAAGAACCAAACCCUUUACAUUAAUAAUGGACAGUUCCAAAUUUAAAGUGGGACCAAUCCAUUAUACAUAUAUGAUCAGUCCAUUAUACAGAUAUAGGGGUGUCAGGGUUAAACAAACAGAUACAACAGUGUUUCAUUUAUGAUUCAUAAUAUUUUUUUCAUCUGAAAUCCAUUUUUCUUUCAGACAUUCCGGAAAUUUCAUUGAAUUAAUGAGACUGUAUUUUUUGUUUUAUAUUCUAUUGAAUGAUUGAAUGACGCUGUACAGUUACAUUCUAUUUCAUAUUUCUUAUUGGAUGACUAGAUUUAAAAAAAAAAAAAACGAUGGCUUAUUGCUUAAAGGUCCUAAUCCAUACACAAUGACAUCAGUAUUUUAAGCAAUAGGAAAUUGUGAAUGUUCCGAAGUUUGGUUGAGUAAUAUUUUUCUUCGGAAAAAAAACCCAACAAAAAAGCAAACUCUUCCAGGUUGAAAUAGAGAAGGCUUAUAAAUAAGUAAUUCCAGAGCAAACAAGUUAUUUUUUGAGUCACAGCUGUGAAACUUUAUUAUUUUUAAAAUUGUAAAUUUGUUGGUCAAUUGUUAUAGGAUGUUUAUUGUUUUAUGUAUUUCCUUGUAAAUUUUCUUCGAGUGUGCAUUCCCACCACUAACCCUUAACCUGCUGGAAACAAAAGUGAUCGCCCUUUGCCAUCAGCAUUAAGCCAGGCUGGCCUGCACAUCUGUGCAGUCCGACCAGUCUCUGUGCUGUUGGUAGCUCAAUUUUUGUAUUUUAAUACUGACUUCCCUUAAAAUUUGAAUGGACUGUUCCAAAUUCAAAGUUGGGCAAAUCCAUUACACAAAUUCAGCAGGUUUUGGUCUAAUUAUCUAAAACAUCUUGCAAUGUUCAUCCUAAAAUUUAAUUUCUCUUAUAGUGUGUGAUAAUUGUUUUUCUUGAGAAAAAAUAAAAGGGACACAAAGUUUUUUAAGACCAAGUUUUUUUUAUUAAUGAAUAAAAUGUUAGUGUUCAUUAGACGCUAUGAAUGUGUUUAUAUUAUGUACAUAUAAUAUGUAUAUUUAUGAUCAAAAUUGUCUAUAUAAAAAAAAGAGAUCUGAACCUC